AUGAUUGCUCAAAAUACUCUAGAAUUGAGAAGACCCACUGGUCAGCUGUUAUCAAUCAUAAUGAGUAACUAUAAGCUUAAACAAAUGAUUGAAGAAUAAUUUCUCGAUGAAAAGAGGGGAACUAUGUAUGAGGAAGAUCUCUUUCAAACUAAUUUAAUAUUAAAGCCUGUAAUGAAUCAACCUAAGUUUUAUGAGCAGGAAUUCUUGAAUAAAAUUGGAACUGAUUAAAAGAUUUUGAUUUACUAAAAAUAGAUUUGGGAGCUAACUCUCUAUGUUAUAAAAAAUCAGAAAACUUUUCAGGCAAAGUUUAAUUAUAAAGAUCUUCAGAAAAUAAGCAAGCUAAUGAAACUUGGUCUAUAAAACUCUUAUAACAAGUCAAAAAUAUCUGGAAUUGAAAAGAUAUCUAAACCUAAGUUCAAUUUAGAGGAAAGAAAUCAAUUUUCUAAAACAGAUUUGAAUUUUAAUAAGCAAAAGCUUGAGAAAAAAACAUCUAUCUUUACCUCCAAGAAGUUGAAGGUAUUUGAUAAAGCAACGAAUUCAUUCAAGGGAAAGGAAUUUACCGAAGAUUAUGCUGUUGAAAAAGCAGAGAGAUACUUGCAAAAUAAUGCUAAUUUUUCAAAUCGAUAGAGUGCCAACAACCUUAAAUUCUUAGAUUCAGGUGAGCACACAAAUGGUCCCACUAUUUCCUACAUGUUUGAUGGAUCUAUGAAUUCAAAUUUAAAACUGAGAAGGACAGUUUCAGACUCAUCUUUUUUCGAAUCAACCCAUAGAUCUCAUUUAAAGAUAUCAGAUGCUUUUAAAACUAAGAAAAAGAAAAAGAAUUCGGAUAAGAUUAUGAUGGUUGAUGAAAAAGAAAAGAUCAGAGAUAGAAUGUUUAACAACUCCUAUUUGAAAACCUAUUUUAAAAUUUAGGAUGAGCGAGCUAUUAAGAAAAUGGCAUUAAAUGAGGAUUAAAUAGAAAUGUCCAUUGAAUCAAAGGAAGAGCAUGAGUCAAUGAUGAGAAUCACAAAUGAGCAUUUCUUUAAUACAAAAUAAUAAAGCAAAUUUUGGGUUCUAUUUGUAAAGUCAUUGAACAUCUCAGAUAAAUAUGAUAAAGAACACCGAAUGAGAAUAAGGCUAGAAUCAGAUAAUUUAUGCUAUUAAAAAAGAUUAAGAUAAUAAAUAUUUAAUGAUGAGAUUUUCUAUCUUGAAAAACUAAAACUAAUUGAUUAAAAAUUAGUAUUCAAAAAUGUUAGAGUCUUUCUUAACCCCAGAAAGAUCGUAUUUGAUAAUAUAUUUGGUAAUUUUAGCAAUUUCGCUCUUGUUAGAGACAGUACGAGAUACAAUGCAAGUGAUUAUGACAUUUAAAUUUAUGCUUUUGAUUAUUUAAGCGGGGAAAUUGCUAAGUCUAUUAUUAAAAUGGAGAAGGCUAUUGAAUAAAGUGGAUUUUAAUAUUAAGAUGUCAAGAAUCAAAGGUUAAUGCUGUCCGAAGUAAUUUAACUAGCUAAGCUUUUAAUCUAUGACGACUAGUAUAAUGAAGGUAUAGCUAAUUUGAGAAAGCAUACAACUCAAGAUGAUUUAAAAUAUGUACCUCCUCAGAGUAAUUUGGUAUAAAAGAUGCUUAGAUAGGAUUACUAUGAGAACUGUAUGCAAUAAAAAAAUGAGGUGAAUCAAAAAAGGAAAGAACUUAUAGAUUGGAAGAAAAACUAGGCUAAGAGAGAAGGAAAAUCUAUUUAUAGCAAGGUGAUAUCUUUAGAUUCAGGGGGCAAUAAAUAUCAAUACCUUAGACUAAAUUUAAUCCCCACACCUAAUAAUUUAUUGUUCAGAUUGUACAGCCAGAAUCUUUUAAUAAAAAUUGAUGAGAGAAUACCUCUUAUUGAUAUAUCAGAGAAAACAUAAAUCAGUUUAGAAAUACUUAACUAAUAUAGUUAGUAUCGAAGAUAAAAGAAAAGAAUAUAUAAGAGAAAUUUUUAAUUCAUUGAGGAACUUUCUGAAAGGAUUCUUAAUGCCUAUGUUCCUUAAAUGACAAAGAAUUUUUUAGAGAAAUAUAAUGAUGAAGGAGAUAAGAACAUUCAGUAAGCAUAGUUUAUAAUCUUAUUUAAAGACGAUGAGAAAAUUUAGAACUAAAAUUAGAUUCAAAAUGACAUCUCAAUUACCAAAACGAGACUAAUUAAUCUAACUAUUGCUUCAAGAUAAGCUACAGCCAACAAUCAUUAAAGGCAAAAUUCAUAAAGUCCAAGCAUGAAAUUGAUAGACUCCGUUUAAAAUAGUAUAAAUAAGACAAAUAACAAAAAUAAAAUAUUCACACUGAUGAAUUCAACUUAGAAAUCUGAAACAUAGCUUCUUGGCUUGCCAAGUAUGGCUAAAAAUAAAAAGAAGAAAAAAAAGAAAAAGAAGAAGAAGAUUUUAAAGAGGAAUAUUUAGUUCGAUAAUGUGCAAUAAACUAAUCUAGAUAUCGAGCAAUUCUGA